UAAACGUUGCGCCAGCACGCAUCCUGAUAACGGAGUGUCGACAAUGUAUACGACAGGUCAACUGGAAGACGUCGUUCUGUCGGGAUGGACGCCAUCACAAAGCUGGAGAAGUUGAAUGAGAAUUUCCUGACGUGUUGUAUCUGCAGCGAGGUGUACAAGGACCCUUGCACUCUGGCGUGUGGUCACACCUUCUGUAAGGGCUGUCUGAAGAAGUACCUCCUCAAUAUCCACGACACCCUCCUGGGUUGCAUCCCGUGUCCCUACUGCCGCCAGACUACCAGUGUCCCACACCCUGACGGGCCGGUGGAAGAGUGGGUGAAGCCCAUCAAGCCGAGCUUCCUCAUACAGGGGCUGCUGGACAUGUUCGCCCCAGGAGGCGGAAAUACACAAGAUGCAAGCAAGCAUAUGUGUGUUUCCUGCACUUUGUUCGGGGAGAAAAGGGACGUGGUGGAGUUCUGCUGCAGAGACUGUAACAAAGCCGUGUGUGUGAACUGUUGUACACUGCACCAUGGGACGUGUACAUCUGUCGUCCCCAUACACACUGUGUUACCAGAGGUCAAGUCCGUGCUCAUGGAAAACAAGGACAUGAUCAGCAAGCAGCUGGAUUGCACAAGGUCCAGUGUUUUACAUCACCAGUCACGGAUCCUCGGCAUGAGCCAGAAGAAGCUGUCGUUGGAAUUACAUACGAGGAAGGUCGCACAGAGAGCAAUGACUAUGAUCAAACAGAAGGAGAAACAGCUGCUGAAUGAGCUGAAUGAAAUGACUGAACGACAUAUUGUUGAUCUGAAAGGACAGGUGAAAUCGGGGGAAAUUCACAUUCAGAUGUAUCAGCAAUAUGAUGAGUACAUAACGCAGGUGCUGAAGUCGGAGAGUGAAACGGAGAUGUUUGACAUUUACCAGAUGUGUCAGUCAGGGGCAAUAAAGGAGGCAACAGACAGAAACUUUCAUCUACAACACAAAACAGAGGAGGAGGAUAUUAUAUUCAUUGAUGAGUUCAAUGAGAGAGCAUUUCUGACAGAUGUCCGCCUGGGAAGACUAGAGAAGCCGUUGUUUGAUGUUACGUCUACUCCCAUGCUAAGUGAGUCAGUUGAUGUCCGGUUUGACAGUGACAAAGCCACGCCUGAUGCUGCUGAUGUUGUUGUUAUGUUUGUAGACGAUGUGGAGACGCUCGUAGUGACCGACUGGAGCAACAAGUGCCUGAAAUCAUUGUACACAUUGAAGAAUGAAUCACGUCAGAGUAAACUGACGCUCAAAAGUAAUCCAUUUACUGUGACGAAGCUGACAGAGAACCAGGUGGCUGUAUCCUUCUGGUCCUACAACGCGAUAGUCCUAGCACAGGUGACACCAGACCUCUUCAUGAUGUCCAUCAUCAAAACAAAGAAGAAAUACCGAUGCCUGACAUCCUUGAGUUCCUCAACACUAGUAGCAGGAUGCAUGGAUCCAUCUUCUGUUGAUGUGCUGGACAUGGCGGGGGUUGUUCUGCAGACCUUCUCUGGACACAACACCGGUCAAAACCUGCUACGUGAACCAUGGUUCUUGAGUACUACCAUCAACGGCAACAUCUUGGUGUCCGACGGUGGGUCGGGCUCCGUGUAUUGCAUCACGCGGGAGGGAGGACUUGUGUUCGCCUACACGCCUACAGGGGAUAGAGAGCUGAAACGACCACGUGGUAUUACAACUACCAACACUGGCUACAUCCUGGUAGCAGACUACUGGACGGAGAGACUGGUGCUGCUGACACAGACUGGGGAGUUUAUCAAAGACCUCCUCAUGUCCCAGAAUGGAGCCGAAUCUUUGUGUGGGGUAUUCCUUCAUUCAACGAGACUCUUUGUGACGGAAAGUUCUCAAAAAGUGAAAGUAUUUGAGUUCAAGAGCACCUAACCUUGAACCAUGUUACCGAUCCUUGGGCUCAAAAUAACGCUAUUGCUCAAUAUUGUAAAAAGAAUUGAAGAAGUCCCGAACGAAAGCAUUUCGUCUUUUGAGUUGACGCCUUGCCCUUUGCAUGAAGCGAACAUUUAACAAGCGAUCAUAACCAAUCAAACAAGUCAAAACAAUUAUGUUGAAAGCGUCACUUCAGCCAGUGCAAAAUAAAAUUUGUGAAAAUAGAAAAAGUGAAUAUAUUGCUAGGAAAAAAUAUAUUAUUCAGAUGUACAGAGUCAAAAAUUCUUCUGUUUCUCUAGGGCCAUUUAAGGAAUGUGUGGAACGUACGAUAAUAAUUUGAGUCAACUGUAAUACAGGAAAUACAGGGCGUUAUAGCAAUGUGUGAGCAGAUAUUGUAACCAAUAAGUGAGUUAGUGAGUGAUGAAGUGAUUAAGUUAGAGGUAUUUAGAAGAAGAAAAGAAUUUAUGUUUUGGACUUGAACAAAUGUGUUGCUCGUCCCCACAACACAUGGUGUACAGGCCUGUAAAGGACAUAUGAUAUAUAAACAGUCAGCUUAUGGAGGCUGGACAAUGUCAUUUUUGUUAGAUUUCAUUUGUAGUAUUGUUUGUUAUUAAACUUUCGUAGAUUA